UGGAUCUCGUCUCGAAAUAAGCUCAACUUCAACAACCAAGCGAGACAACAUCCGAAUACCUAGAUCUCUCCCCUCCUAAACAGCCGCAAUGGCCUCCAAUGCAGUUGCAAAAGCUGUAGGAGGCGUAGUGAGCAUUAGCCAAAAACAAACCCUCCAGUCCACCGGUAUAUGGGAGCGCAUCCGGCGCGCCUUCGCCGUCGACCCGAACCGCUCAAACGGCAUCCCGCUUAACCCGCACUACCGAAACCCGACGCCGGGUGGCCAGGACCCGUUAAACUACGACGACCCGGUGACGAUACCGGCGGGCGACAUCGCGGACAACCCGUACUGGAAGCGAGAUGCGCGGCGCGCGUACCCGAAGCUGAGCUUCGUCACGCAGGGCGACGCCGUGGCGCUGCUAACCGUCGGCAGCGCCGCGGCCCCCAAGCAAGAACUCAUCGGCGAGGCGGGCCAGAAGCAGCUCGUCGCCGCGCAGGAGGACGGCAGGACGGGCGGCCUCGCGGCGUACUUCGAGAAGAGCAAGGAUGCGGCUAGGCAGACUUUGUUCGUGGGCGGGCUGCCGCCGCUGCCGAGCGGCGAGAAGAAGCAGGGCGAUGGCAGCUGGAAGGUGCAUGACUACGCGCUGGAUGAGAACUCGUACCCCGAAUCAUACCCUUGCCGGAGUUUCAAAUAGACUUAGGCACGCAUGCCAUGUGUACGGUGGAGCAAGUUGUAAAUAUGAGAAAGCCAGCUCCUAAUAUCAGAUUCGAUUCCCUUGUGGUUUACAGACUCUUGGGCGGUGACAGUACUU